AUGGCGAGGUUCCGGCUUUUGUCUCUUUUAGCUUUCCUCUGUGUACUGGAAAAUGCUGUCGCCCUCCCUCAGGGCUAUAGUGAUGAGCCUAAACCCAAUCUCAAACCUCUUCUCACCGACCAAAUUCGUAAAUGGUCACUCAACACGACCGUUUCAUUCCCUAGUUCUCCUGCUUUCAAUGCCUCUACGGAGCGCUGGACCAUCGCCGAUCCACCUACCUAUGUCGCUGCUAUUAGGCCCGGGACAGAAGAAGAUAUUAGCAAAGUAAUCAACCUGGCCAGGACUAAAAGAUUUCCAUUUUUGACUAGAGGAGGUGGGCAUGGUUACGCUGCCAGCCUUGGUGACUUUCAGCUUGGACUCUCUCUGGAUCUGAGUCAGUGGAAGAAUCUUAAGAUUGACAAAAAGGCCCGGACUCUCACUGUAGGCCCUGGUAUUACGUUUGCCGAAAUCUUCGACCCUUUGUUCAACGCCGGAUUUUACAUUCAAACCGGGAGUUGCUCAUGUCCCUCCAUGAUUGGUGUUACUCUCGGGGGCGGAAUCGGAAGAUUAAUGGGGAAAUACGGCUUGCUGAUGGACGCCCUCCAGUCCGUCCGUAUGGUUGGGGCUGAUGGAAAGGUGAUGACAGUUUCAGCGAAUUCCCACCCUGAUCUAUGGUGGGGAAUUCGUGGUGCCGGCGCGAAUUUUGGAGUCAUCACGUCUGCUACAUACAAAGUUUAUCCAUUGGUCAACAAUGAAAACGUUUUCGUCGCCGAUUUCUAUGUCCCGGUGGAGAGAAGCCGGGAGUAUUUCGACAUGGUUGAAGUCAACUUCAGCAAUAUGCCUGCCAAUUUGGCCCAGGUGCAACUUGUCGGCAACUGGGUUUACUUCGGGACUGAGAAAGAGGCUCGCAAAGUGCUUGGCCCGGUGUUCAAUCUGAAUGCCACCUCAUCUACUCGAAUUGUUCAAUGGAACAAACUAGUCUCGUCCGGUGGGUUUGACGAGUUCAUUUGUCAACCCAAUCAGCCGCGCUCUCUUUUCAGUUUAAACCAGAAGAUUUACUCUGCGGAUGGCUACCGGGCGGGCUUUGAGAAGAUUGAAAAGUACUUUUAUGAUCAUCCUGGUGGGCGCGACACGACGCUUGUCAUUGAGAAUUUUCCCAACCAAGCUGUCGCUGCAGUACCUGAUGAUUCAACUGCAUUCCCUUGGAGAGAUUUCAAGGGCUUCAUCCAAGUCAAUUUUGCUUGGAAGGCUGGAGAUGAGGCCACGGCGCGGGCUUCCAACAAACUCGGGGAGGAGCUGCGCAAUCAGUUCGCUGCCACAUCUGGAUACUCUGAGAAGACUGUUUUCGUCAAUUAUGCCCGCGGAGAUGAAACCAUUGAGAGCAUUUAUGGUAAGCGGAAGCUGCCUCGCCUGGCCAAGUUGAAGAAGAAGUAUGAUCCGUCCAAUCUCUUCGCUUACAACCACCCACUCCCCAUGCAUUAUCCUUGA